AAUAUCAAUUAAAUGGAUUGGUAACAAAUAGCAUUAAUGUACUAUAUGAAGAACUACGUUAAAUGCAUGACGUGGAGAAAUCUUUUGAUGACCGAAGCACCGCCGACGAUUCCAUUGUGAGCUUAUUAUGAAAUACUUAUCUCUUCACUGAAUAUAAAGCCGAACGGGGGACCAAGGAGGAAGAUGAUGCCGAUGGAAGCUCGGAAUCACUUUUCAGACAUCAGAUACAUCAUGACUAUAACCAGGCUGAAACGAUUAUUCGCCUGCAGUGUCGUAGUCGUGGUUCUCAUGUUCUUGUAUGUCGAACACGUGAGAUAUAAAAGAAAACCAGAUACAAACAAACGCCUACAUAGAACACCCAAGAACACAUCAAUUGAGGUCUUCUUCUACAACAGGCCGUCCGACUUUAGUCUUAACGUCUUCAAAGACUGUGACUACGCCUGUCACAUGAUUGACCAGGGGGACUACAACAGAAGCUACGCUGUUGUGUUCCACUCCGCUACACUGUAUAAUGAGCUACCUCUACGGAAACAAAAUGACCAUAUUUGGGUGUUUUACACCUUGGAACCACCACACCGUCACCCACAGGCGUACAAACUUAAACGAUGGAAAGGCUUGUUCAACUGGACAAUCGGUUACAGAAGGGAUGCCGAUAUCUUAAAUACGUAUGGGAGGGUUAAUACGUUAUCUCCUGAACGACAGAAUGAGAUGAAACAAAAGGCAAACGUUUCGAGAAGGUGGAAAGAAAAGACCGAACAAGCCGCAUGGUUUGUUUCUAACUGUGUUGACGAGGCGAAAAGAGGCGACUAUGUGCGCAUGCUCCAAAAACAUAUAUUCGUCGAUGUAUACGGUAAAUGUGGACCGCUUAAAUGUCCAAAAUCGCAAGACCCUGAAUGUCAACGAAUGUUAAAGGAAAAGUAUAAAUUUUACAUGGCUUUUGAAAGUCAAUUCUGUCGAGAUUACAUAACAGAGAAAAUUUUCAAGAUUUACUGGGACAAUACUGGCGCUAUACCUAUAGGUAGAGGGGGCGCUAAUUACAGUAUGUAUUUGCCACCUGAUUCGUAUAUAAGUACAGAAACGUUCAAGUCCGUCAAGGAAUUAGGGAAACGGAUGACUGUUUUGUCUAAUGACGCUACUAAGUCCGCGCACUACUGCCAGUGGCAGAAACAUUAUUAUAUGCAGUCAAUGGCCCAAGAGCCAUUUUGUGAAUUGUGUAGAAAACUACACGAUCCAAUGAAAUAUCGACGUGUGUACAAUGAUAUAAAUAAUUGGUUAAGGGGCUCACGUGAUGUUGAAAUAUGUAAACCGCGGAUGGAUUUACAUUAAAAUGUUGUCAUAUGAACAUGUAA